AAGAAGAACCCUAUAAUAACAUAUCAUUUCAACAAUUUCAAGAAAAUCUACUUGAUUUUUGGGAAUCUACAACAGAUACUGCAGAUAAACAAACACAAAAUUUGCAUAUUUCAACACCUAUUUUAUUCAAUAGUGAUUCUGAAAAAAAUGAAAUAGAAUUUAAUGAAAAUAAUAGUAAUUUUGAUGAGAAUGAAAAUAAUAGUGAUUUUGAAAAAAAUGAAAAUAAUCAACUUUUAGAAGAUGAUAUAGAUGAAUCUAUUAUUGAAGAAGAAAAUUAA